UUAAAUUAUGUAAAUGUGUCUUAAGAAAUGUAAAAGUAUUAUUGUUUUUAUUAUGGUCGUUUGCAGUUGGUUCCAUUACUUAACUGGCAUCCAGCGUAUCUUUAUUUGCGGUUUUGUAGCCAUAUUAAAUUAUAUCGGGCACAUGAACGACUUUCUCUUCAGUCUUAUCCAUCCUAAGGUUGUCUGAAAUAAUUUACGGGUUCACGAGACAAAUUAUGUUUAUGGCUCUCUUCUAUAGUAGAAUUAAAGAAAAAAUAUUUGCACAAGGAAAAGCUAAUAUAGUCAAAUGUAGAUCUACAAAAGACUUUAAAUAUUAAACCCUGUUUUCUUUGUUCCAGAUGUCAUCACAGCAGUUGGAGAAUGAAAAUAAGUUGAUCGUAAAUUCAACCGUGUCAAAAUGAUAACAUGACGAAAUAUGUUAAACAAACGCAAUAUAGCAAGGACUCGACACUGUGAAUCGAGCAUGUUCAGACAUGUCGCAUUAUGUGCACACAUUAAAAACCCCACCCAACAAGUAGUGUUCUUCAAUAUUUAUUUCUUUCUUGUUGUGACAUGUCUCUCGGUAGAUACUGUUAACUCCAACACUACGAAUAUGAACAGGCAUUUCAAUGAAAAAGGUGUAAAAUAUCACAAUGGCAAACAGAAUGAUGCUCCCGAAGAUAAUUAUGAGGAUCACGACACAGCUCACAACCCAGACGUCAAUUUCGAUACUAAUCCCUACUACAAUAGUGAAAAUUUUCUACAUUUAAAUACUAAAUUUUACAAUACCGAGAAUAACGCUUACAGCAACUAUGAAGACUACAAAAAAUACUAUCUGAAUCCUUCUAAUCCAGUCCCUAAAUCUAACGUUAAGUUUAAGAUAAGCAGUAGAAUAGUUCAGACAAAAUAUGGAAAAUUACAGGGGAUAGUUUUGGCUAUGGACGAGCACAGAUAUUUGAGUCCGCUUGAGGUUUUUUUGGGAGUACCAUACGCUACGCCACCGGUUGGAACUAACAGGUUUAGCCCAACACGGACCCCAUCUCCGUGGGAUGGAGUGCGAGUAUCGGACAGACCCGGUCCCGCUUGCCCGCAGAAACUGCCGGACAUUGAUGACGAGAGGACCAUAUUAGAGAAAAUGCCUAAAGGCAGACUAGAAUAUUUGAAAAGACUGAUUCCCUAUCUUAAGAAUCAAAGUGAAGAUUGUCUAUAUUUAAACAUUUUUGCUCCAUUGCAAAUGGAUGAAACUAAGAUAGCUUUGCCGGUGCUCGUGUACAUCCACGGUGAGAGCUACUCUUGGAGUUCCAGCCAUCCUUACGACGGAGCUGUGCUCGCUAGCUACACGGAUCUCAUAGUCGUUACCCUGAACUUCAGACUUGGUGUAUUAGGCUUCCUCAAUGCAAAUCCGGCUCCACAUCUAAAAGCUCGUGUAGCGAACUACGGGCUGAUGGAUCAGAUAGCCGCUUUACAUUGGGUGCAACAGAACAUCGCCCUGUUUGGAGGGGAUCCAACCAACAUAACGCUAAUGGGACACGGCUCCGGAGCAGCCUGCAUCAAUUUCCUUAUGAUAUCCCCAACUGUGAUGCCUGGUUUGUUUCACAGAGCAAUCCUACUAUCAGGAUCCGCCUUAAGCUCUUGGGCUAUAGUCGACGAUCCCGUGUACUACUCGCUUAAAUUAGCCAAGCACAUGAAUUGUUCUGUACCAGAAGACCUAACGAAAGACCAUGAGAUUAUAGUAGACUGUCUAAGAGAGGCAACUAUAGAAGAAUUAUUAUCCGCAGACAUAUCUCCACCUAACUUUUUGACUGCCUUUGGACCUUCAGUAGAUGGUGUAGUCAUAAAGACAGAUUUUGCCAAAGACUUUCUAACCAUGUAUUCUACGGGAGACUUUCCGAGUUUCGGGCCUUUAAACAACAUGAACAUAAACUUAAAUAUCCAUAAGAAAAGAAGCGAUAGUGGAAGAAGAUUGUUUCAGAAUAAAUACGAUUUGUUGUUUGGAGUCGUUACAAGUGAAGCGUUGUGGAAGUUUUCCGCUCAUGAUGUGCAAAAUGGGAUUGAGCCAGAUAAAAGGGAUCGAAUGUUAAGGACAUACGUAAGAAACUCUUACACAUACCAUCUGAGCGAGAUCUUCUACACGAUUGUCAACGAGUACACGGAUUGGGAAAGAACGGUAGAGAAUCCAAUAAACACAAGAGAUGCGACUGUGGCUGCGUUAUCGGAUGCUCAAUACGUGGCGCCGUUAGUUCAAAGUGGGGAUCUAUUGAGUGGGGGUCCGAAACCAGCCCUUACUGACGAAGAUGGACCGAGAAGACCUACGAAGACCUUCUUCUAUGUGUUCGAUUAUCAGACGAAAGAUGGAAAUUAUCCUCAGAGGAUGGGAGCGGUCCACGGCGAAGAGUUGCCGUAUGUUCUAGGAGCGCCGUUGGUUGACGGUUUCGGGCACUUCCCUCAGAACUAUACGAAGUCCGAAGUGGCGCUCUCUGAAUCGAUCAUGCUGUUCUUAGCUAACUUUGUGAAGACUGGGAAUCCGAACGACAAUGCACGGCAGGAGUCCUUGCUCCCCGCGUCAAGGGAAAGAAAUAAAUUCAGGGGUAUAAAUUGGGAAGAAUACGACUCUACACACCAAAAGUACUUGGAGAUAGGUAUGAAACCGCGCCUCAAAAACCAUUACAGAGCUCACCAGCUGUCUGUAUGGCUACGCCUAGUUCCAGAGCUGCACAGAGCGGGAAUGGAGGACGUCGCCGCUCGCCACAACCUAUUCAAAAACCACAACGAGCAGGAUCUGUACGAAGGUAUCGUCAGACCGGAUCCAUUGGCGAGAAACAUCAACGAUAACGAUGCAAUCAGACGUACAAACGGUUCAGUGUACAGCGACACGGCCCUAACGACCGUCGAUACGAUACUGGCGACGUGCGCCACAAUACUGCCAGGAAGAGAUCUGCAAACAUUGAACGCUACUGAAAACACUUUGGCUAAUUUGGAAGCGGCCGGCUAUGCCGCGUAUUCUACGGCAUUAAGUGUAACUAUAGCGAUAGGAUGCUCCCUACUGAUUUUGAAUGUUCUCAUUUUUGCUGGGGUUUAUUACCAGCGAGAUAAGUCAAGGUCUCGCGGGAAACAACAGCGUUUUAACGAGAAACAUUUUGAGACUAUAUCGGGGAAGCACUCGCAUUAUCACAUGGAUCCCACGCAUGCCCCAAGUUUGGUUGUGGAUAUUGAAAGACAAAAUAGGAAGAAACACAUGCUAAAUGCAGAUCCUCAUUUGUCAAAUUUAAAUUUCAAAGGGCCCUUGGACGUGCCAAAGUCACCUCCAAGUCCAACCUUGAGUAUGGACAACAUGAUGCUACCAAGCAAACUCGGGAGCAGAAGCAACAGUUUCAGAAUACCUAACGUGAGCUACCCGCAGAUGGGUUACGCGACUAUGCCAAAGAAUUUGAGCCAGUUUAAUAACUCGCCGCCUUUGCAAGAGUUACGGCAACAGAAAUUCCAGCCUCCGAACGGUUCGACGGCACAAAACUCCCCCGGGAGGGAAGGGGAGGCGAGGGGGCCUCACGCAACCCUGCGAAGAGGGAAAACCUCCCUUCACUCGAACCUCCCACAAGCCGCCAUUGACGAAAUGAGAGUGUGACAGUUAAUCCCCCCUGACUCUACAUUACAGGAUUAAAAGUGUGUGUAAUUGUAUGGUGUAAAUAUAAUUGUACUACGGAUGCGGCUAGGAUUUUUUUUAGGAAUGUUAUCGAUUUUCUCCGAAAUUGGAAUAUGAUUAUCGAAUAAAAUCAAUUGUA